CUGUUGGACAGUUAAUAUAUAACAUACAAACAUGAAAAUUCGAAGGUUUUGCUUAUCACAGCCACUGCAACCACGACAAACAAUGUUUUUGUUUUCAACUAGGGUAAGGUUUGUUUCUCUUUUCAUUCCCAAAAAGUUUCUUCCUUUUAAUUUCAUUCCUUCUUUUUGCUUCUCAGCUUCAACCCUAUUCCCUCAAUUCAAUAAUCCUCAUCUUGACAAUUCCAUUUCAUUGUUCAAUUCUUUGCUCCAUAACAAUCCUACCCCACCACCCAUUGAAUUUGGCAAGGUUUUAGGUUCCAUUGUGAAAGCUAAGCAUUACUCAAUUGCUAUUUCCCUUUUUCAACAAAUGGAAGUUAGGGGAAUCAACCCUGACUUAGUAAAUUGCAAUCUCUUAAUGAAUUGUUUUUGCCAAUUGGGUCAUAUAACUUUUGCUUUCUCUGUUUUCUCAAAGAUUCUCAAAAGGGGUUAUCAUCCUGAUGCAAUACCUUUAAAUACACUCAUCAAGGGCUUUUGUCUCAAAGGUGAGGUUCAUAAAGCAUUGCACUUUCAUGACAAGGUGGUAGCACAAGGAUUUCAGUUGGAUCAAGUUAGUUACGGGACUUUGAUCAACGGGUUAUGUAAAGUUGGAGAAACCAGAGCAGCUCUAGAGUUGCUGAGACGAGUUGAUGGGAAAUUGGUUCAACCUAAUGUGGUAAUGUACAGCACGAUUAUUGAUAGUCUGUGCAAAGAUAAACUUGUUUCUGAUGCAUGUGAUUUAUAUUCUGAAAUGGUUGUCAAGAGAAUUUCUCCUGAUGUUGUCACUUACAAUGCUUUAAUUAGUGGCUUUUGCAUCAUGGGUCAAUUAAAAGAAGGAAUUGAUUUGUUUAAUAAAAUGACAAUGGAAAACGUCAACCCAGAUGUGUAUACUUUUAAUAUAUUGGUUGAUGCUUUUUGUAAAGAAGGGAAGUUGAAAGAAGCUAAAAAUGUGUUUCUUGUGAUGAUGAAAAAUGACAUAAAGCCGAAUAUUGUUACUUACAACAGUUUAAUGAAUGGAUAUUGUCUCGUUAAUGAAGUGAACAAGGCUAAGAGUAUACUCAAC